UUGGAAGAGAGCUGGUCAUCAUGAAGAUAGUGGUAUUAGCGGCGAUCCUCGCCGUGACAUCGGCAUCCGUCAUCAAGGAUGACCACACCGUCUUCAUUGGAAAGGACAUCUUGACGAAUGUGGACAUUAAGACUAAGGAAAUCCUGUGCAUGAAACUUCUGAACUACAUCCUGCAGCCUACCGUAUACGAUGACAUCAGGGAAGUGGCUAGAGAAUGGGUGUUGGAAGAGAACUUCGACAAAUACCUGAAAGUCGAUGUCGUGAAGAAGUUCAUCGAACACUACAAAAUGGACUUUUUGCCUCGUGGCGAAGUGUUCGUGCACAGCAAUGAUAGGCAGAUGGAUCAGGCCAUUAUGGUCUUCCGUGUUCUUUACUUCGCAAAGGACUUUGACACCUUCAUCAGGACCGCUUGCUUCUUCCGUGAGCGCAUCAACGGUGGCAUGUUUGUGUACGCCUUUACCUGUGCCGUCUUCCACAGAGAGGACUGCCGUGGUGUAGUUCUUCCAGCUCCCUACGAAAUCUAUCCUUACUUCUUCGUCGACGGCCACAUUAUCAACAAGGCUUUUAUGAUGAAAAUGACUAAAGCAGCCACUGACCCCAUACUGUUCGAUUACUAUGGUAUCAAGGUUACCGACAAGAAUCUUGUCGUCAUCGACUGGCGCAAGGGAGUCCGUCACGUAUUGAGCGAAAGCGACCGUAUGUCCUACUUCACCGAGGACAUUGACCUUAACAGCUACUACUACUACUUGCACAUGUACUACCCCUACUGGAUGACCGACGACGUUUACGGUUUGAACAAGGAGCGCCGCGGUGAAGUCACUAUGUACAGCAACCAGCAACUUCUUGCAAGGUACAGACUGGAACGUCUGGCUCACGACAUGUGCGACAUUAAGAUGAUCAACUGGAACGAGCCCUUGAUGACCGGCUACUGGCCCAAGAUCCGCCUUCACACUGGAGAUGAGAUGCCCGUCCGUCGCAACAACAUACUUCUCAUUAACAAAUACAACUUGAAAGAGAAACUUUACGUUGAUGACAUCGAGAACAUCAUCCGUGAAGGUAUCUUCAAGGGUCGUAUUGAGCGCCGUGAUGGAACGGUUAUCAACUUAAAGAAAUCUGAAGACUUUGAAUACCUCGCCAGGAUGCUCCUCGGUGGAUUGGGUAUUGUGAAUGACGACGCUAAGGUUGUGCACGUCGUGCAUUUGUUCAGGAAGAUUUUGUCGUAUGGCAACUACAACUUAGAAAAGUACACUUACAUCCCGACCGCAUUGGACAUGUACUCGACUUGUCUGCGUGACCCUGUGUUCUGGAUGGUCAUGAAGCGCAUCACAGAAAAUGCCGUCCUUUUCAAGAAGUACUUACCUAAAUACACAAAGGAAGAGCUUAGCUUUGACGGAGUGAGAGUUGAACAAAUUGUCACCGACAAGCUGGUUACCUUCAUGGACGAAUAUGACAUGGAUAUCACCAACGCCUUAUAUCUCGAUGAGACUGAGAUGCACAAGAAGAAGUCUGACAUGACCUACGUUGCUCGCAUGCGCCGUCUUAACAACCAUCCGUUCAAGGUCACCAUUGAUGUCGUCUCUGAGAAGGCAGUCGAUGCCGUGGUACGAAUGUUCAUUGGACCUAAGUACGACUGUAUGGGCCGUUUGUUAAACUUCAACGACAAACGUCUUGAUAUGGUAGAAAUCGACAGCUUCUUGUACAAACUGGAGACUGGCAAGAACACCAUUGUACGCAACUCCCUCGAGAUGCACAACGUGAUUGGUGACAGGCCAUGGGCCCGUCGCUUCAUGGACUACACCACCGACACCACAGGAACCGUUGACCGCGUAGUCGACAGCUACUGGUACAAGCAACGUCUUGGCUUCUCUCACAGACUGCUCCUCCCUCUGGGUCGUCGUGGAGGACUUCCUCUCCAGCUCUUCGUCAUCGUCACUCCCGUUCGUACCGGCCUCGUUUUACCUAGCAUCGACAUGACAAUCAUGAAGGAGCGUCACGCGUGCCGCUACUCCGUUUGCUUCGACACCAUGCCCCUCGGGUUCCCAUUCGACAGGGAAAUCGACGUUACCAACUUCUACAAUACCAACAUCAAAUACAUCGACAUUCUCGUCUACAGAAAGGACAUGGGUAUCUCCAACACCGUCAAAGAUAUCGACAUGUCGGAAAUGGUGAUGAAACGUGACGACCUCACCUACUUGGACUCUGACAUGUUGGUCAGAUGGUCAUACAAAGACGUUAUGAUGAUGAGUGCGGAUAAGAUGAUGAGACUGUAAGCGACCGUUAUAUAAUACCUUAAUAUGUAAUAUAUUAAAAUAAAUAGCAUCGAAUUUAA